GGGCCGGGCCGCGCCGCGCCGGGCGGGGAUGCGCAUCCCUCGGCGGCAGGAUGCCGGAGGGGAGCGCGGGCGGCCGCGGCGCGGAGAACCGGACGGGCGCCGAGGCCCCGCAGCACCUGUUCCCCGUGCCCGUGCUCACCGGCAUCACCAUCGCCUGCGUCCUGCUCUUCGUCAUCGGGAUCGUCGGCAACCUCAUGACCAUGCUGGUGGUGUCGCGGUUCCGGGACAUGAGGACCACCACCAACUUCUACCUGUCCAGCAUGGCCUUCUCCGACCUGCUCAUCUUCCUCUGCAUGCCCCUGGACCUCUUCCGCCUCUGGCAGUACCGGCCCUGGAACUUUGGGGACCUCCUCUGCAAGCUCUUCCAGUUCAUCAGCGAGAGCUGCACCUACUCCACCAUCCUCAACAUCACGGCGCUCAGCGUGGAGCGGUACGUCGCCAUCUGCUUCCCCCUCCGAGCUAAAGUCAUCAUCACCAAGGGGAAGGUCAAGCUGGUCAUCCUCUUCCUCUGGGCUGUCUCCUUCAUUAGCGCCGGACCCAUCUUCAUCCUGGUGGGGGUCGAGCACGAGAACGGCACGAACCCCCUGAGCACCAACGAGUGUCGAGCCACCGAGUACGCCAUCCGCUCGGGGCUCCUCACCAUCAUGGUCUGGAUCUCCAGCAUCUUCUUUUUCCUGCCCGUGUUCUGCCUGACCGUGCUGUACAGCCUCAUCGGGAGGAAGCUCUGGAGGAGGAAGAGAAAGAACAUCGGUCUGAACACUGUCAUCAGGGACAAGAACAACAAGCAAACUGUGAAAAUGUUAGUUGUGGUGGUAUUUGCUUUCAUACUCUGCUGGUUGCCUUUUCACGUAGGACGAUAUUUAUUUUCCAAAUCCUUUGAAGCUGGAUCCUGGGAGAUAGCAGUGAUCAGCCAGUACUGCAACCUGGUGUCCUUUGUCCUCUUCUACCUUAGUGCAGCCAUCAACCCCAUCCUCUACAACAUCAUGUCCAAGAAGUACCGCGUGGCCGCCUGCCGCCUGUUCGGACUCAAACCCCUCCCAAGGAAAAGACUCUCCAGCACAAAGUUGGAAAGUUCCCGUGUGUGGACAGAGUCGAGUGUCAUCACAUGACACAUGGUUUCCAGGGCUGGUGCAUCACUCACUGCAUUUCCCAGAAAGCCAUAACAGAAGGGAAAGAGGGCAAGAAAUGGGAAUCGGAACGUUGAAGCCGUACUCUUGUCACCGUCUGGAUCUGCUGAAAGUUGUAAUGCAGGCAGUUAAAGAUUCAAGAAAACAACAAGCUAAACUUUGAGACUAUAAAAGGAGACAAAUGGUCACAUAAUUUGGAAACACUCAAGUAUUAUUUGUCUGCUGCUUUUGCCCAUAUGAAUUUUUAAUGCUGACUUUAGCCCAAAUCUAGGCUGUGCCCUCCUGACCAAGCAAAUGUGGCCCCACUUGUACAACUUCAGUAGCAGCUAAUUCGAGCUGAAUGUUUCCAGAGUUAGCUUUAGUUUUGCUAAGAAUUUUGCUUCCAUAUGACUAGACCCUAGAGAGAGAAAACUGAAUUGCCUUUUUGGAGUAGUAAAUGUGAAAUUUGAUACACUUUUCAUAAUCUUGAUUUUUAAAUAAGCUCAUAUUUUUCUCAGAAGGAGGAAAAUGAUUUCUUAAAAACAAAAAAAAAAAAAAGGAGAGGUAAAAUGGGUAAUUUUUAAACAUGUUAAAAAUAAAUGACCUUCAUGUCACGUCCAAGUAGAAAGGAAACAAAAAAUGCCUUCACAAAAGUGGCUUACAACAUGACUGUACUGAAAUAUUUUUUUAAAAUAUAUAUCAGUGGGACAAGGACAGGGCUGACUUCAGGACUGCAGUGAUGCUAUAAAAAUGUGGCAUGCAAUCUCCCACCAAAGUCUCUUUUUUUUUUAUACUAGCUAAAUCAUCUGUACUUGUUUUGUUCGGUGUGACUGUGAAUGACACGAUGUGGUUGAACUUGGAAGCUUUUAGUUGUUUUGGUAUUUGUAACGAGUUUGUGGCUACCUGUCCCUAACUGCGCCCCUCCAUACCCCAAAGUCUGCUGAGGACAGGUCUCCUGCUUGUAAACCCCCUCCACAUUUCUGUUUGAAGACUAUCAGCCAGUUCCCAGUCCCACAUCCCCCCGUAAAGCCCAGUGUGCAAUUGUACUCGUUUGCUGCAGUAUUGAAUUGAGAACAUUUUCAUUUUUUAACCAACGUGACCUGAGAAAAUAAUAGAAAAAUCUGCAUUAAAAGACACAGGCAGACACAUUCUCAUACUUGAUUCAUAAAAAUCUUAAAUUAGAUUUCAGUAUGCCAUUUCAAGGCAAACCAGAAAACGUUCCAUCCGCUGUGCUAAUAAAUAUGUCUUAUAUUGUC